AGACCCUUUUCCCUUAUUCCCUCCUCCUCCUCCUCCUCCUCAUCCUCUCAGAGCCCUCCAGCUAGCUUCUCCGUCUUUGUUCUGAUUCCCAAAUUGAAACCAAAAAAAAAUAUUCCAUCUUUUGCUUCGCUUUGCGGGCUUGCCCUGUUCUUCCGCUGCUCUGCGCUCCAAAGAGGGAGGGAAAAAGCUCAAAGCUCCCUUCUUUUUUCCUCGGGCUUUCUUCGAAUUUUCUUUCCCGUCGAUUCUCUCUUUCCCGCUGAGGAUCAUGGGUUUCUCGGAGAAGCCGCAGGUGGGGGCAGGCUUGGAAUCCGAAGGAAGCAAGAAGUGGGUGAUCGCCGGAAUCUCCAUACGAGCCUCGCUCAAGCCGGUGAGCACCCAGCCGAAGCCCAGGGCGAGCGGGGACGACGCCGACGAGGAAGAGAGGGAGACGCCCUCGACGACCCCGACGUCGAGAGAAUCCAGGAUACCCGAGAAGCUGCGGUGCCCGCCCGCCCCGAGAAAGAGGAGGCCCUCGUCGUCGUCGAGGUGUCAUUUCAAUGGCGUCAGGGAGUUCUUCAAUCCUCCCGAUUUGGAGUCAGUGUUCAAGCGCCACGUUGAGAGGACAAACUGAAGAAGAAGCAGAAGAAGAAGAAGAAGAAGAAGAAGAAGAAAGUAGUUUUGGUUAAUUUUUAGGAGGAAGCAGUUUCUUUUUUUCUUUUCGGAUAUUUUUGUCGUGAGUUUCUAUUGAUUGUUCCUUUGUUUUCUGCAAUCUCCUCUGCUGAGGGAAGCUGACGCUGUACUAUAGAUUUAUUACGUCAUGAUGACUUCCUGAGAUAAUUAUGGUUAGUUUGUAUUUUGA